AUGCCCAAUGUCACUAAAAUAACAGGAUUCAUCCUUAUGGGAUUCUCGGAUGUUCAUGAGCUACAGACUGUAUGUGGGGUGUUCUUCCUGGUGAUGUACCUUGCAGCCAUAAUGAGUAACUUCCUCAUCAUCACUCUCAUCACUCUGGACCUGAAACUCCAGACACCCAUGUACUACUUCCUGAAGAAUUUAUCCCUCUUGGAUGUCUUUCUAGUGUCCAUCCCAAUCCCAAAUUUUAUUGUAAAUAACCUAACUCACAAAAAUAAUAUUUCCACUCUGGCUUGUGCCUUCCAGGUACAUUUAAUGACUUCCUUUUCAGCAGGAGAAAUAUUUGUCCUGACUGCUAUGUCUUAUGAUCGCUAUGUUGCCAUCUGCUCGCCCCUACACUAUGAGGCCAUCAUGAGUAUUGACAACUGUGUGAUGAUGGUUGGUAUUUCCUGGGCUACUGGGGUACUCUUUGGAACUGUAUACACAGCUGGCAUAUUUUCCAUGCCUUUUUGUGGCUCCAAUGUGAUCCCACAGUUUUUCUGUGAUGUUUCUUCAUUGCUAAGGAUUUCCUGCUCUGAAACAUUUGGAUUAAUUUAUACAAGUGUUGGAAUUGGAAUGUGUCUAUGCAUGUCUUGCUUUAUCUGUGUUGUACUCUCUUACUUUUAUAUUUUCUCCACUGUACUUAAGAUUCCUACAACUAAUGGUCAGUCCAAAGCAUUUGCCACCUGUGUCCCCCACCUCACUGUUUUCACUGUAUUCAUUGCAACCGCUUGCUUUGUCUAUCUGAAGCCAUCCUCAGAUGUACCAUCAAUUUCAGACAGGCUAUUUUCUGUGCUAUACACUGUGUUGCCUCCAGCACUUAAUCCUGUGAUCUACAGCCUAAGGAACACUGAUUUCAAGGAUGCGCUGAGGAGGUUGCAGCAAAAUCUCUGCCCAAGGACUUCACUCCAUUUAACUCUUCAAAGCAUCUGUCAGUGGUGUAGUGCUUCACAAUUUACAAGCAAGUUUUCCAAUUUUUGA